CUCAGCUCCCGCGCGACGCCUCCAAUUCCUCCCUCAUGUCCCUCAAAACCUGCUCUCGGCGCUUGUUGAAACUUCACACAACCUCCCUACCUCUCUGCACGCAGUUUCGCUCUCAGUUCCUCAUCCAAAACACCAUCUACCGAGCUCACACAAGACCCCUCAGCGGAACUAGAUCCUUCAACAUGUCCAACGACGACGACUACAUGGCCUUCCUCAACAAGGCGAACCAGGAUACAGGCACCGACGCGACUACACAGCAAAAGUCUUCCGUGUUCAAGGCCAAGGAUACGGGUAGCGAGGUACCCAAGGAGAUCCGCAACGUGUGCAAGAGCGCCGUCUACGUCUCGGACGCCGACGAGCCAUUCGAAGAGGUCUCGCUCAAGUGGGAGGGCAAGAACGGACUACCAACUGAAUCCGAGUUUGCCAAGCUCAUCAACCACUCCUCCCCCGACUCUGUAGAAAUCAAGAUCCUCGACCCCCUCAACUGGGACUCGCAAGGCCAGUACACCAACGUCAUCGAGGCGGUGCGCGAAGCGUCCAAGGGAAACGACGUGCGUGUAUACCAGAUCGUCCGGGAUGCCACGAGGGUCGAGUACUGGGUUGUCUCGCACGCCGAUGGCAGGCUCAUCGGCGCCAAGGCACUGUCGGUUGAGAGCUGAGAUGGAGUUGUAUCGCUUGGGAUGGAUAUGGGAGCCUCGGGAUAUUGAUUUUUGCAAACGCUGAUUGUGCAUAUGAGGUUGCUGGCCUUGCCGGGCUGGUUGCCUGCUCUCUCGUUACCUACUGGCAUUCUAAACCUUAAUGGAAUGCACAUCUUGGACGAGAUUCACGAAUAAAUGAUUGAAACAUG